AUGAAGUUCUGCAAGAGGUACGAGGAGUACAUGCAGGGGAGGAGGGAGAAGGAGCUCCCCCGGGUCGGAUUGAAGAAGCUCAAGAAGAUCUUGAAGCGGUGCCGGAAGGAUUGCCAAUCACAGAACCAGCACGGAGAGGAGGAAGGAGAAGGCCCGCACGGGGGCAACAGAUGCCCUGAUCAUUGCCCAGUGUGUGAUGGCACUUUCUUUCCCUCCCUUCUCAAGGAGAUGUCAGCUGUUGUUGGCUGCUUCAAUGAACGAGCUCAGAAGUUGCUUGAAUUUCAUUUAGCUUCAGGAUUUAGGAAGUACUUUAUGUGGUUUGGAAGCAAGUCUCACCGAAAUCAUGGAGCUCUGAUCCAAGAAGGAAAAGACCUGGUCACAUAUGCUAUUAUAAACUCCAUUGCAAUGAGAAAAAUUUUAAAGAAAUACGACAAGAUUCAUUACUCAAAGCAAGGUCAAGCAUUCAGAUCGCAGGCCCAGAGAAUGCAUAUUGAGAUCCUGCAGUCUCCAUGGCUCUGUGAGCUAAUGGCCUUCUACAUCAACUUGAGGGAAAGCAAGGCCAACAAUAGGGCUGUCAUGGGGCUAUUUGAAGACUGCUCGCUCUCAUUUGAUGAUGACAAGCCGACACUCUCUUGUGACCUGUUUGAUUCUAUGAAGGUUGACAUUGAUUUGACAUGUUCCAUAUGUUUGGACACUGUAUUUGAUCCUGUUUCUCUCAGUUGUGGCCACAUAUUCUGUUAUAUGUGUUGCUGUUCUGCUGGAUCCGUAACGAUAGUGGAUGGGCUAAAGUCUGUAAAUCCUAAAGCAAAAUGUCCUUUAUGUCGACAGGCAGGAGUAUAUGCAGGUGCUGUACACUUAGAUGAGCUAAACAUCUUGCUAAGCAGAAGCUGCCCUGACUACUGGGAGGAGCGACUUCGGGCUGAAAGAGUUGAGCGUGUUCGCCAGACCAAAGAACACUGGCAAUCCCAGUGCCGAGCAUUCAUGGGGAUCUGAAAGUAGGUCGGCUUAUUAUUUUUUGGCACUGCAUGAACUACUCCUUUGCCAGUUUAACUAUCACUUCCUAUUGCUACUUGUAAAUAAAUGAGCAAUUAUGGUCAGUUGGAUUAUACCUUUAUAGCCUUCUGUUGGUUUCAAACUUGGUCUGCUCGGGUUUCAUGAAGCAUGAAAACUGAUUCAUGCCAUCUUUUUGUAAUAAAACGUUCUCUCUACAAAAUGGUUGUGUGGUCAUCGUUGAGAA